AUGGGGAUUCCCGAUGACCAAGCCGUCGGAUCUAGCCCGCCUUCAUCAUCUGGAGCCGAGCGAUCCUCGCAUGGCGGUCAGAGCAGGCUGAUCAUCACGGAGAUGGUCCUCGAGAACUUCAAGUCGUACGCGGGCGUGCAGCGCGUAGGACCGUUCCACAAGUGCUUCUCGUCGGUCGUCGGCCCCAACGGCAGCGGCAAGAGCAACGUGAUCGACGCCAUGCUCUUCGUGUUCGGAAAACGCGCGAAGCAGCUGCGACUGAACAAGGUGUCGGAGCUGAUUCACAACUCCACAGACCAUCAAAAUCUCGAGUCGGCCCGCGUAUCCGUGCACUUCAAAGAGAUAGUUGAUUUGGAUGACGAGAAGUACGAGUCAGUGCCAGGAUCGGAGUUCGUUAUAUCGCGUACGGCGUACCGCAACAACACGUCCAAGUACCACGUGGACGACCACGCGAGCACGUUUACGGAGGUGACGAGGCUGCUCAAGGCCAAGGGGGUGGACCUCGACAACAACCGCUUCCUCAUCCUGCAGGGCGAGGUGGAGCAGAUCGCGAUGAUGAAGCCCAAGGCGCAGGGCCCGCACGACGAGGGGCUGCUGGAGUACCUGGAGGACAUCAUCGGCUCCAACCAGUACAUUGAGCAGAUCGACGCCGGCGCCAAACAGCUGGAGGAACUGAACGAGCGGCGCGUGGGGUUGGUGGAGCGAGUGAAGCACGCGGAGAAGGACAAGGACACGCUCGAGGAGGCGAAGCGGGCGGCGGAGGCGUACAUGGUGAAGGAGGCGCAGUGCGCGCAGUGGGGCAUGGUGGGGCGCUCGCUGGCGCUGAGGGAGUCGCAGGGCAAGGCGGGCGCGCUGGGCGCCAAGGUGGCGGCGCUGGAGGACACGCUGACGGCGGAGAAGGAGAAGUGCGCAGGGCUGCGGGAGGAACUUCAGGUGAAGACAGACGCGUGCGAGAAGUGCAACACGGAGUAUGAGGCGCUGUGCGGGGAGCUGGAGGCGGCGAGGGCGGACUUCAAGGAGUACGAGCGCAAGGACGUGAAGAUGCGCGAAGACCUCAAACACUGCAAGGCGCGCCUCAAGAAGCUCGCCGAUAAGAUCGCCAAGGACACAGCCAAGGCGGAGGAGGUGGAGAAGGCAGCAGCGGCGGCGGAAAAGGCCAUCCCCGAGCUGGAGAAGAAGGCAGCCGCGCUGGCACCGCGGCUGGCGGAAGCGGAGAAGAAGCUGGAGAGCAUCCAGGAGCACGUCCGAGUGGAGGUGGAGCGGCAGCAGCAGCAGCUGGGCCCGCUGCAGGAGCAGCUGGCGCCGUUGGAAGAGAAGUCGAGCGCCGCCAAGGCCAAGGCUGACGUCACGCGUACGAAGCUGAGCCUCAUCCGCGACAAGCACGCGGCCGCCGAGAAGCAGCUGGAGGCGGUGCGGAAGGCGAUAGAGGAGCGCGAGGAGGGGCGGAAGCAGAAGCAGGAGCAGCUGAAGCGCAUGGAGGCGGCCGUGAGGGAGAGUGAGGCGGUGGCGGCUGCCAGCGCCAAGGAGGAAGAGGCCAAGGCGGAGGAGGAGGCUGCCGCGCGCGCAGAAGCGGAGGCGGCGCAGGGGCGCGCGGCGGAGAUGAAGGAGGCGGCAGCGGCGCAGCGCAGCAGCAGCGCCAUCCUGACGGCGCUGCUGCAGGCGAAGCGGGACGGCAGCAUCCCGGGCAUCUACGGCCGCCUGGGCGACCUGGGCGCCAUCGACGCCAAGUACGACGUGGCAAUAUCAACGGCGUGCGCGGCACUGGAGUACAUAGUGGUGGACAACAUCGAGACUGCACAGGCGUGCACGGCGCUGCUGAGGGAGCGGCAGCUGGGCGUGCAGACCUUCCUCGCCCUGGACAAGCAGCAGCACCUGGUGCGGGACAUGUCAGAGAAGGUGAGCACGCCGGAGGGCGUGCCGCGCCUGUUCGACCUGGUGCACGUGCAUGACGCGCGCCUGCUGCCCGCCUUCUGGUUCGCCCUGCGCAACACGCUCGUCGCCUCCUCCCUCGACCAGGCCUCGCGCAUCGCGUACGGCGCGGACGCGCGGUUCAGGCGGGUGGUGACGCUGGCGGGGGAGAUGUUCGAGUCCAGCGGCACCAUGGCGGGCGGCGGGGGGCGCCCCCGCGGCGGCCGCAUGGGCAGCUCGCUCAAGGCGGCGGCGGCAGCGGCAGGCGGGGGAGUGACGCGGGAGAUGGUGGAGGAGGCGGAGAGGGAGGUGGCGCACGUGGUGGCGCGCCUGGAGCGAGCGCGGGAGGAGAGGCGCGCGGCUGUGGCGAGGAGAGAGGAGGCGGAGAGGGUGUUGAAGCGGCUGGGAAUGGACAUUCCCAAGGUCCAGAUGGAGAUCGAGUCCCUGGCAGCGCAGGUGGGCGAGCUGCAGCAGCGCGUGCAGGGGCUGCAGGCGGCGGCCGUGACGAGCGCGGAGGAGGAGAGGCAGAUGGGCGUGUUGCAGCAGCAGCUGGCGGGCGAGGAGGGCGACGAGGCGCGCAUUCAGGAGGAAAUGGCGCCGCUGGUGGCGGCGGUGGCGCGCGUGCAGCAGGCCAUCACUGAUGCCGGCAGGGAGGCGCUGGGCGAGCAGAAGGACCACGUGGCCGCCAUCCAGAAGGCCAUAGACGAGGCGCAGACGGGCAUCAACCAGAGCCGUGUGACGGUGGCCUCGAGCAGCCGCAACCUGGAGAAGCUGAGGAAGGCGGUGGGGGAGGCGGAGGAGGAGAGGGCGAAGGCGGAGGAGGAGAUGACACGGAAGAAGGAGGAGAUGAACGCCGUCAUGCAGGAGGCCUUUGCUGUCAACGACAACUACGAGCGCCUCCGCCAGUUGGUGGAGGGCAAGAAGGAGGAGUAUGGCGGCAUGAAGAAGGAGUUCCUGGCCAUCAAGGCACAGCUCGACAAGAUGCGCACCGGGGAGGUGGAUGUGGAAUUGAAGCUGGAAGAUGCGAGGAAGGCGCUGAGGACGAGUCAGGAGAUGGCUCGCCUGCAGAGGGAGAAGCUGAGGGCGCUGGGCGCGCAGCUGAGGCAGCACAUCGCACAGAUGCAAGCGGAGGGCAUUGCAGAGGAGGACGCGGAGGCUGCUGGGCUGCCGUGGGACCUGCAGGAGGAGGAAGGGGAGAGGCAGGGCAGGGCACGACCGGCAGCAGCAGGCGCAGCAGAAAGAGGAAGCCAAGGGGAGGAUGAGGAGAUGGAGGGCGAUGAAGCUGCAGAGCACAGGGAGGGAGGUGUGGGUGAGGUGGGGGUGGCAGAUGGGGGGGAUGGUGAGCUGGAGAAGCUGCAGGCCCGCUUGUGUGGUAACCUUGUGCGUGUGGUUACGAGUCGGGAGGAGGCAGCAGCAGGGGAGCAGCGGCUGCGAGCAGAGCUGGAGGCACUCAAGGGGAACCUCAACCUGAGCUCCAUCGCAGAGUACCGCAAGAAGGAGGCGGUGUAUUCACAGAGGCUGGGCGAGCUGGAGGCGGUGACAGCGGAGCGCGACAGCGUGCGGGUGGCACAGGAGGAGGUGAAGCGGCGGCGGCUGGACGAGUUCAUGGCGGGGUUUGACAUGAUCACGAUGCGGCUCAAGGAGAUGUACCAGAUGAUCACGCUGGGCGGCGAUGCUGAGCUGGAGCUGGUGGACUCACUGGACCCGUUCAGCGAGGGCAUUGUGUUCUCCGUGCGCCCGCCCAAGAAGAGCUGGAAGAACAUCUGCAACCUCUCGGGUGGGGAGAAGACACUGAGCUCGCUGGCGCUGGUGUUCGCGCUGCACCACUACAAGCCCACGCCCCUCUACGUCAUGGAUGAGAUCGACGCCGCUCUCGACUUCAAAAACGUGUCCAUAGUGGCGCAUUACAUCAAGGAGCGCACUAAGAACGCCCAGUUCGUCAUCAUCAGCCUGCGCAACAACAUGUUUGAGCUGGCGGAUCAUCUCGUUGGGAUAUACAAGACACACAACUGCACCAAGAGCAUCACUAUCAACCCACGUAGCUUUGCACCUAUAGCCAUGGCUUCUGAGGAUCUGCCUCGUGGCUCCGUAGCGGUCAUGUCGGAGGUGGAGGUCAUGUUCGCUUUCCUUGCCUACGCCGUUCCAAUAGUGGCGAUGAUCUCGUACCACAAACGCAGCACCCAGUGGUACCACAACCACAUGGCUGCAGCAUUCGGUCCUGACUGGAGAAACCACUCGCCAGUGGCUGGUCUACGAGCAGCCAAUGAGGAGGCAACACAAAGCAAGAGGCUCCCGAGCUUGCCAGAGCACCCAGAGGAAGAGCAAGAGGAGAAAGAGCAGCAGGAGAGUGCAGGGGAGGGAGAAGGGGUUGACAAGAAGUCGGGCAAGGGAGAAAUGGGAGAAGAGAAGGGGCAGCAGCAAAAACCUCAAGAGGGGAUAAAGGGGGAACAGCUGGAGAAGCAGAAAGAGAAGGUCAACGCAGGCCAGAGAAAUCAGCGAGCGAGCCACAGGUCGCUUUUCAACGUGCGGAAUCUGAGCAGUCCUUCUGUCUUCCUUCCUGCCAUUCUCGCCCUCCUGAUGGCUGUGCCUCUCGGCCUUGGGAGUGGGUUGAUUGGCUUCAUGCAUGGAGUGGUUUUGGGUCCACAGGAGGCCAUCACUUCUGCACUGUAUGGUGUUGCUGCUGGAGCACUGUACCCAUUUCAUAUGCUUGGGUUGCUCAGAGACCAAAAGCAUUCACAUCAAGAUUAG